UAAUAAUUUCAAUUCACGCUGAAGGAAUGGUAUGGGGAUAUAUGUCGACCUUGGCCCGAUUGAAAAUAUCUCACAUCUUUCCAGUGCAUAGGCCAGAGUAGGCAGGCCUUAAGUCUUAUAUGAUGAAUAGCUAUGCAUUGCCAUACACAGGCCGAUUGCACGAGACGUUGCAAGGUGGUUCAGAUUCAGUCGGAAGAAUCUGCCACUACUCACUUUCUCCCCCAAGGAAGAGCUCACCAGAUAAACCAAUAAAGCAGGAACUUAGCUCUUCUUUAGGGAUGUCACCAGAAAGCUGCGCCAAAAUCGCUGUCAAACUCGACAACUUGACAGAUGGCGAGGAAUCGACGACGGCCAUUUUAGAUUUACUUAAAAACCUUAUCGAUGAACAGCAUAAUAUACAGAUGAUGGAUCAAAACGUCAAAAAAGGCUAUAGGAAGAAUAGAGUGAACAAAGUGCAUCCCGAAUUGGUACCUUAUGGCAGACAACCUACGGUCUCUUUUAUAUUGUACUCAAUGUAAUAAAUUUUGCUUGCGUGAUUCUAAAAA